UUACAGAUUUUACAAAUAAUUCUCUCUUAAAACAAGAUUUCAUCUCUCAUUAUGGCUGCAUGCAAAAAUAAAAAGUUUAAUUGUAUAAAUGUAAAAUUAUCUACGGCUUUUCGAUAUUUGGGAUACCACGUUGCACAACAUCCCUUAAGGUUCAUAAUUAUUCCCGUUAUCGUUACUGUCCUCUCAUGCUUCGGAUUAUUUCGUUUUAAGAUGACAACAGACGUCGAAUAUCUACACUUUAGAAGAAACAGUCGAAUUACAAUGGCAAAGCCAAUUGUCGAAACUUUGUAUCCCCAAAACUAUACAGAUUAUGAUAUUCUACGACUGACGAAAAUGGAAAAAUACGGAGCUGUCAUAGCAACUGCAAAAAGGGGAGAAUCUAUGUUAUUAAAUGAAAUCUUUAACGAAUUACACAUACUGGAUCAAACAAUACGUAAUAUGAGUAUUGUAUGGAAGAGAAAAAGUUACAGAUUUGCUGAUAUUUGUUGUAAAAUUGAAGGACAAUGUAUUGAAAACGACGUAUUAAAUUUGAAGACGAAAAUUACGGAAUUUCAGAAAGGAAACUUUAAAAUAAGGUAUCCAGUUAAUAUCAAUUCAGAAUCGUCAAAAGUUCAAAUUUAUACAAUAGGAUUAGGUGGUGUAACGACAGACGAACACAGUUUAGUGAAAGACUUCAAAGCAAUUCGUUUGAUAUAUUUCAUUGACAACGGCAAUCACACGAAUGAAAUUUCUACGUUGUGGGAAGAAAAUUUUCUGAAAUUAUUAAAUGAAGUAAAACUGGAAUAUGUUAAAUUCUCCGUGUUUACAGGAAAAACUAAUGAAGAGGAAUUUAAUAAAUUAACAAUAUAUAAUAUUCCGAUCUUUAUCAUAUCGCAAAUUUUUCUGUGUUCUUUCUCCGUUUUCACUUGCAUGACUAGAAGCUGCGUAACAAGUAAGCCUUGGAUUGGUAUUGCUGCAUACUCAGCAUCGAUUCUUGGUACUGUAGCUGCUUUUGGUUUUCUUUUAUUGUUUGGUACAGAAUAUACAGAUCUGAAUAUAGUCAUUCCCAUCAUUGUUGUAGGAAUAGGUUUGGACGAUUCGUUCGUCAUACUAUCAGCUUGGAGAAAAACUAACCCAGAAGAUAGUAUGAAGAAGCGAAUAGGUGAUGCGUAUUCUGAAUCUGCCACUUCAAUUACAAUAACUACAUUGACAAAUAUCGCUGCAUCGUUAAUUGGAUUCGCAACUCCAUAUAGAUGUAUUAGAAUAAUAUUUACAUAUAUGGCAGUUAGUUUUAUAUUUACUUACUUGUAUCAGUUGUCGUUUUUCGGUGGAUGUCUGGUACUUAGUGGAUACAGAGAAAGUAAAAAUCUCCAUGCCGUAUAUUGUGCACCUGUGAAAUGGGAUAGGACUUCAGGUUUGAAAAGAAUUUUCACUGUAGGAUUUUCAACUCAAAAACAAUUUAAUUCAGAAAACAAAAAAUGGAACUUUUACAGCGACGAAUUGGGUAGAAUAUUGAAUUACAAAAUUACCAAAUGCAUUGUUAUGAUCUGUUUCAUUAUAUACAUCUCAUUCGGAAUAUAUCUUAUGAAGUUCAUAAAACUCGAUUUAAAACAUUCUGAUUUAUACCAGAAAAAUUCUUACGCUUACAACUUUGUCCAGGACGAUUACCAAUACUUUUCCGAAUACAGAGAAAGAAUACAAGUUGUAAUCGAUACACCGUUGGAUUACUCGAACCCAGAAACACAACAGCAACUAGAAGAUCUGACGAUUCAGUUAGAAAAUGCUCCCAAUAUGAGUGGAUAUAAUAUGACUGAAUCGUGGCUGAGGACUUACGUAAAGUUUAUUAAAGAUCCACUUUCUUGGAUCUCGCUCAGCGGAUACAACAUAAGCAAUCCGGAAGAUUUCGUCGAAGCCCUUCAUAAUGUAUUUCUCAAAUUUCAUUUUGCCAAACGUUUCCAAAGAGAUAUUGUAUUCGACGAAGACAAGAAAAACGUAAUUGCUUCUAGAUUUUUUGUCAACUCGAGGACUAUUGACAGUUCUGCUAAGCAAAGUGAACUUCUUCAACAUCUCUAUAACGUGAUGGAUUCUUCCGGCUUAAAUGCAAUGAUCUAUAAUUACGAUUUACUGUUUGCUGACUCAUUUGUAAAUGUUUUAUCUUACUUAACUCAAUCCGUUUGUGUGAGUAGUGUAGCAGUAAUCAUCGUGUUUCUUAUAUUUAUUCCAAAUUUGCAUUGUGCAUUUUGUAUUUGUUUCAGUGUAUUAUCUAUUGUGACUUCAACAAUUACUUACUCUUCAGCGUGGGGUGUAAAUUUGAAUUCACCUCUUACACUUGUAUUAGUUCUCAUUGCUGGGUUUAGUGUGGAUUACGUAUCUCAUAUAUCGUGCAGUUAUAUGUGUAGUAAAGCAGACAAACCUGAAGAAAGAAUGAAAGGAGCUUUACGGAUUGCAGGACAUCCUAUUAUUCAAGCUGCCGGUUCGACUGUUUUAGGAAUUUCUGCUGUAAGCUUUUCUUCUUAUCGUAUACUUUUGGACAUAUUUAAGAUUAUAUUUUUGGUUAUAUUGUUUUCUACGUUACAUGCCAUUAUUUUGUUGCCCGUGCUUCUUAACAUCUGGGAUAAUAUUGUUUUAAUUAUCAAACGAAAGAAUUCUACAAAAGAGGAAUAUAUCUCUGAUACUUCAAAUGUCCUAUUACACUUACGUGAUAAUGCAUAAUAUAAUUUCUAAUUUCGUCUGAAAACGAAUUAUAUUUAUUGUAUAAAAUAAUGUAUGAAAGAUGUACGUUAUUUAUAAAUUGUGUUAUCAUUUUCCUCUCCAGAAUGUUAAUGAAUUUAAGAAAAACUGUCUGGACUUUUAUGAAACUUGAACUGGACGUUAAGGCGAUCAGGAAGUGUGAUAAUUUUCAAUUAUACUACGAUAUAAAA